CAGCACUUCUUUAUAACUGUCUCUAAAGCUCCAUCAGAAUAUGACUCAGUCUGUAGAUCAGAGGAAAUGAACAAACACAGGAAGAGCUGAUAGUGUUUAAAGAAAGAGAUAAGAUCAUAUACUGAAGAGAAAGACUGAGAGAAAGAGAGAAUGUCUGAUAAUAAUCAUCUGUGUCUGCUGGGACUGAUCUUUCUCUCUUCACUUCUCACAGGUGUCAGUGGAGUGGAUGAUGCUCAUGUGUUCAUCAGUUCUGGUGAAGAUGUCCGUCUGCCGUGUAAUAAUGCUCUUCAGGACUGUACAUCAACUACAUGGCUCUAUAACAGAUAUUCAACAUUCGCUGAACUGAUUCGUUUAGGGAGAAAGAGGAAAGACACAGAGAGUCAUGAGAGACUGAGUCUGGAGUCUGACUGCUCUCUGAACAUCAGGAACAUCUCAACAGAAGAUUCUGGAUCUUACAUCUGUCAACAAUGGACUGGUGAGGGUGGAGAACGACUAAGACCUGAUGCUCGUGUUUAUCUGCAUGUUCUUCAUGUCUCAUCCUCACACACUGAGAUCAGUUCAGGUCUCUCUGUGACUCUCUUCUGUCGGCUGUUUUCAUAUACUGGAGUCUCUUGUGAUGAUUGGAUCCGUUCUGAGAGUAUUCAUCUGUUCUGGGUGAAUCAGGCUGGUGUUAAAUCAGACUCCAGAUAUCAGAUAUCAUCCUCAUCAGAUCACUGUAUCAUCUCUCUGAAUAAAACACUCCUGAAUGAAGAUCACAACAGAGAGUGGAGAUGUGAAGUUACUCAGAGAGAUCAAGUCAAGACCUCAGUCACAUACACUGUCAAGAGUUCAGCUGAAGCUGGUUCAACAACAUCAGUGAUUCCAGUCCACAGCACACACUCUCAGGAUCCUUCAACUACAAACACACACACAAUUAAAGAGAUUUUGACCAUUCUUAAGACUGCAGUGUUUACGGCUCCUACUGUGAUUCUUCUUCAGAUCAUCUGUGCAAGAAGAGCUGGGAGGAAGGACUCGCAGCAGCCAGGGGAAAUAGAGAUUAAUACAAUAAUAUAAUAAAAUAUUCUACAAAUAACAGGACAUAUUUCAGAUUUAUAUUCAUCUCUAUGAACAUUAUGGAUAUUUGCAUACAGUUUUUAAGUAUAUUUCAAGUG